AUGAGUCUGCGGCUGCUGACUGCGUGUGGACCUGAUGCUCGUGUGGUCAUGGCGAGGGCAAAAAUCCCCACAUCCCACAUACCAAUGGGAAUCAUGCAGGAGGCUCAGGAUCCCGGCGUCGGUGUCCGAGAGGGCGUGGACGAUGAUUGGUGCGCAAAUGGCGCAGAUCCUGCGAUCUGCGGUCAGCAUUACUCCGCUCCCGGUUCCUUUAUGCACAACAUGGGUAAAGGAUUGGCGUUAACGAAGCUGACAGCUGCCAUCCCACUUCAAUUGGCAAAUUUUCCGGGACCCUUCUGGGGAAGCGUGACCGAUCUCCAUCUCUUCCUCGCCAUCAACUCUAUUCCCACCAAUGGUCUAGCGCUUCAUGAGAAAUACGGGGACAUUAUUCGCAUUGCCCCAAAUCUUCUUUCGUUCUCCGAUCCAAAACUCUUACCCGAAGUCUACCAUACACAAGCAGACAAGACUCCCUUCUACAGCUCAUGGCUAUUUUCAGACACGGUUGGCAUGUUCCAGACAUUGGACCAUCGCAAACAUGCUGCGUUGUUCAAGAUCAUCAACCCAUGUUGCUCGUUGAAAGCGUUGAGCAAGUUCGAAGGCAGGAUUGAUGAGCAAAUAGAUGGUCUAUGCGCUCAGCUUGGACAGAAGUGCAAGACGGGGAAGUCCGUCGAUUUUGUGGAAUAUGUGAGCCACAUCGCCUACGGAAAGCCACUCGGCUGCGUCGAUCAAGGGCGUGAUGUCGGCGGACUCAUUGAUGCGAUCCAAUCCAUCUACCCGAUGGUCGGCACCGUAGCUGUGUUGCCUCAGAUAUUCAUCCCAAUCUUCAACAACCGCUUUUGCAGACGAUUCAUAAAUCCGCACCUCAAGCCGUUUAGAGAAAUCCAGAAACACUUUGAUGUAGAAUUACGCCCUCCAGACCCAACCCCCCCUAACCGGUACGACUCCAAGCCACCACCUCCGCGCCUCUUCGACCCCCUCCGCUCCAACCCAUCCGUAUCCCCCGAUCUUCUCCGCGCCGAACACAUCCUCUUCACCUCAGCGGCGCUCGACGGCCUCGCGGCCUUCAUCGCGCCAUUCAUCCACCACACGACCUCGUCCCCUCGAAUCUACCACCUCCUAACCUCGGAAAUCUCCCAAGCAGCAAACCUCUCCUCCCCGGUGGCCACCUACGAAGAAACGCUUUCACUCCCCUACUUCUCGGCCUGCGUAGCCGAAACUCUGCGCUUCGAAGCGCCCGCGCAGACGAUUCUCCCCCGCUACGUGCCGCAGGGCGGGCUCAUGUGGAAAGGGCGCCUGAUCCCCUCGGGGACCGAGAUGGGCGCUAGUCCGUUCAUCAUCCACCGCAAUCGCGCGGUGUUUGGGGACGAUGCGGAUUGUUUCCGGCCAGAGCGGUGGUUACUACCCGAUGAUGACGACGACGACAACACACGACUCGAAAACGCAGCCACCUCACCCAACCCCAACCCCAAUUCCCAGAAGAGCGAAACUCGCCGCCAAGCUCUCCACCGGACCAAAACAAUGGAAAAGUACGGCAUGUGGUGGGGGUACGGCACGCGGGUGUGCGCAGGCAAGAAUCUGGCGCAGAUGCAGAUGCGGAAGGUGUGUUUGGAGGUGCUGAGGCGGUUUGACGUUCGCGCUGUGCUGGAUGGGGAAGGGAAGGCGUUUCGCCAUGAACGCUGGGCGGUGGGCAUGUUUUGGGACCAGAGAAUGGUUUUUGAGGAACGGGAGAGGGGGAGGGGGGAGGGGGGAAUAUUCUCCAAAGUCCGUCAAAAUGCCGCAGAAGGGUAA